AUGUCUGCCUUUACCUAUAAAGGGGUGUGGGUUGUGGGGGACAAAGCCAUGGGAAAGACGACAGCUUUGAGCUUUUGGCAUGAUGAAGUGGAUCGAGUGAAGCCUGUGGGAGGAAUUGAAGGGAGUGUGGACUUCGAAAUCACUGCAAACGAGACCCCAGGCAUCCUCAACGCCCUCGUCAUUGCCUUUCGCCUCCUCUCCCCCACCGCAACCCUUUAUAGCCUUCUCUCCAAUAAAGCAUACCGCUCCAUCAUCAAGUCAAAAGAGACCCUCAUCGCCACCUUCGUGGAUCUCCUUGGUGCCUCUGAUGUGCUGACUAGGUCCAUCAAGGACAUACUCAAGGUCGACUUUCGCCUGAUCAUCUACCCACUUAACUGCACUGCCCUCAUCGAACUGGGCAUCGUGCCACCCCUCUUUGAACUGGUGGUGAAGGACAAGCGAAAGGGGAUGGUGGUGGACGCGACGAUGGUGAUCACCCAUGUGGCAGGAUGCGACGAGAGCGUGAAGGCAUUUCAAAGGGUGGACGGUGUCAGUAUCCUAAUGGAUCCGGAGGUUAGGCGAAGCGGGAGGGCAAGGGAAAACACUGCGACUAUGCUACCGAACCUGGUAAAGAGCAACGGAGAUAAGAUGGUGAGGGACGUCAAAGAGGUGGAUGAGGCGAAGGCGAUUGUGAAGACUUUGGCCAACAGUGAUAACGAGGUGAGCACGAGAGGAAAAAGCAAGGUAGAGAUGCUAUUGAAGGUUCUGGGAACAAGCUGGGUAGCCAAUUGUAAGGUCUUGAUGAUUCCAAGACUAGCACCGAUAAUUUCAUCUUACAAAUGA